UGGAGUCAGGGGUUCGCGACUGAGACAAAAUCCAUAACUUCAUAGCGUAUUACUGUGCAAGACUCAAAAACGAGUCAAUAAAGUACGCAAGUAAUGUGCAUUGUGCACGCCGCUCGCAAAAGAUUGUUAGUCUUUGCUCCCUUUGGAUACCUGUAUGGUGUCAAUAAUUUUUAAUCCAUUCAUUUUUUGUUUGGCUGGGCUAUGACGCUUUUACCAUGAAUGGGCUCGGCCUGGGCCGGGCUGUGGACCCAUGGGCCUGGGCUGGGCUGGACUGGGCUUUUGCGGCCCGUGGCCAACACUGAUUCGGACGGGAGGUUUCCUCAUUAACCGGCGUUGCUUAUAUAAAUUGAUUUUUUUAUUAGUUAUCAGUCAUGCAGCAUAAUCAACAUCAAUCAACGUGAUCAAUGUUGUCAACAUAAUCAGAGCAGUGCACUGAGCAGCUUACAUUUUACCAUCACCGAUUGCGGCGUGAAUAAACACGCAUAAUGCGCAAAAUAUAAUUCAGCAAAAUAAAUAUGCCAGUGUGACAUCUGCUGUCGUUAAGGUAAGAAGGGACAAGCCGAUUUUUAUUGACAUUACUUCAUGAUUGAACAAUAAAAAGGCAACUAUCGCUUUGGCAUUUUCAUUGUCUGAAUAUUUACAAUAGACAUGUCUUGGUGAACUGUUGUAGCUACACAAGAGUGAAUAGCAUGCCUACCUUUACUAAAAGUAAGCGCCGCAACGGUACCUACUUAUCUGGUUGGCUGGGUACUGUGCAGUGCCGGCUGUUCUGCCAUUCCAGGGGUUCUGGCAUCUCACGUGUGGGCGAUGCCGCUACCGUGUCGGCUGCUGCUUCUGCUCUGCGGCUGUCUGUGCCAGUCUCCAGCCGCCGCCAGACGGUUCGAGCUGCUCACCGACCAGGCCAUCAUCAACGGCUCUAUGAUGACGGUGGCGCCGCCGGUGACGGUGACGCAGUGCGCCGCGCUGUGCAGCAGGCUCUCCGGCUGCGGCGGCUUUAACCGCAGCCCGACCGCCGGCUGCGUGACGCUGCUCCGCGACAGCCUGCGCUUCUCGUACCGGCGCGAGGAGCCGGGCACCGUGUCCGGCACGGUGCCGGCCUUCUCGUGCCACCAGCGGCUGCUGCUGAAUCGCGAGGCACCCAGCGGAGUGCAGCGGCCGUUCGGCUGGCCGGUGCCCGUCUACUGCGACCAGGAGCUGGACGGCGGCGGCUGGACGCUGCUGGUGACCGCCGCCACCGCCGGCUGGACAGACGUCCAGGUGAUGGUCCGCAACGAGGAACAGCCCAGCCUCAGCGCUGACUACUCGGCGCUGCGGCGCGCCAACCGCCUGCUGAACCACGCCCGAGGCGGCGACAUCUUCUACAGACUGGAGGCGCAGGCUCAGACAGGCAGACGGCAGUGGGGUGGCAUCUUCACCACACCGCAGCUCGAGUCCCUCAUACUGCAAGGAAGUGGUCCCGGAUGGAGUCUGGUCGAACAAUUCGGAACAUGGAAUUUUAACGACCGUUCGAUUGGCAACGAGGUUGCGUAUAUCGAUCAGGAGUCCUCAUUGAGCGGGAUGCUCCUGAGAACCUCGAAUCGUGACGAGUUCGGCACCAUCGUUUCCGCUGUCGGCGCUCCACACGAAGGUCAAUUCCUGCACAGUCCCUGGAUCGAAGGAGAAAUGCCCGACUCCGGUACUGUUCUCUACUGGGUCCGCGAAAACUAGUCGCCCUGGCUGGUAAACUGGCCACUGGCUCAGUGACUGGUUAAAUAGCCGCUUUACUAGACGCGUAUGCAGCUGAGGCUUCGUUGACGGUCGGAAGGCGCAUUUUACCCGUGGGCCGUGGCAUUUAAGCACUCAGCUCAGCGUGCAUGCAAGGACCAUUUAGAUGGUCCUGUGACUCUCAGCUAACACCAACGUUCCAGUUACAGUUUUCCGAAGUUAAGCCGCACUGGUACAGUGAACCGUUUUUGUAAACUUAGUACAGUUUGAUCUGUUGCCUGCGAGCAUCGACGAAUUGUUUUGUUUUUCGAAUCGAUGAAUCGCCGGACCGCUUGUGCAUGACCCGUAGCAAUGAAGCUUGGUAUCACCGUCUGAACAUAACUGUAUAGGCCAUUAUUUACUCAGCAUCUACAUGCCGUCAUUAUGUUCACUCAAAAACGCUGUGCAUGCUAUGUGGUGUUAAAAUACUGAACUUUUGCUCAAACUAAUUGGUGUGGAACACGUGACUAUUGGUUAUAAAGUAAAAAGUUAAGUUGGGAACUUUACUUUUGACGCACAAUAUACCGCACAUAACUCGUUA